AAGACCGUCUUAGCCUCAAAUGUAAAAAAAUGUUCCCGAUGCGGUGUAUUCGACGACGGUCCAUCGAUUUUGUUUUGAAGGGUGUAAUUCUCACGACAAUAUGCCUCUUCCUAUUUCAUAUGACCUCAUCAUAUCCGAAGGGAGGGAUUAGUCAGAGAGCACUUGACUCAAUGCAGAAGGAACCACAGACACCUGUGCUUGUACAGAAACGAGAGAAUUUCGAGGAGAGCAUCGAUGUAGCUGUUGAGCAAGAAUCCAAGAAAGAGAAUCCAUUUGUCAAUCAGCAGGCAUCGACAGAAAAUGCAAAACCAAUUACACAAGAAGUGAAGAUUGAACGGCCUUCCAGAGAUAAUGAAUUCUACAAGAAUGUGGUUAUCCAUUUUGAUCUCAAAGGUGCUCCACCAAAAGUCGACUAUUUCCUGGAUCUUCUAAGACUUAUUGCCAAAGGAGGAGCUACUGGAAUACUUCUCGAAUGGGAAGAUAUGUUUCCAUGGACGGGAAAAUUGGAGCAGUUUAAGAACACAGAUGCAUAUUCAGAGAGUGAUGUGGAUAUGAUUCUGAGCGAGGCAACGAAAUUGAAGCUCGACGUGAUUCCAUUGGUUCAAACAUUCGGCCAUUUGGAGUGGAUUUUGAAAUACGAGGAAAUGAGGAAAUAUAGAGAGAAUGACGCUUAUCCACAAGUUUUAUGUCUGGGAAAUGAGGAAGGUGUGGAAUUUGUAAGAGAAAUGAUUAGACAAGUGGCAAAGAAGCAUGCAAAGUAUGGAAUCCCAUUCUUUCAUAUUGGUGCUGAUGAAGCUUUUGAGUUUGGAGUUUGCCAAGAAUCACUGGAUUGGAUCAAGAAAAAUGGGAAGAACGGAAGGAAGCAACUUUUGGCGCUGGCUCAUUUGAAGGCUAUCGCAGAAUUUGCGAAACAGCAAACCGGAGAUUCUACACAAAUCCUUGCGUGGCAUGAUAUGCUCAAAGACUUCGACUCUCGGCUCAUAAAAAAUCUCGAAUUAGGACAAAUAAUUCAACCGGUUGUUUGGGAUUAUUCGGAGAAUAUUAUCACACUAAACGAUUACAUAUUCUCGGCACUUGCGGAAAAUUUCCCCACGAUGUGGGCUUCUUCGGCGUACAAGGGAGCCAACUAUCCAUCUGCUUCUACUUCAGAAGUUAGACAUUAUGAGACUAAUAAUAGAAAUUGGAUCAGAACUAAACAGAACCAAGAAAGAAAGUUCAAAAAUGGAUUCCAAGGAAUCAUUGUCACUGGAUGGCAGCGAUAUGAUCAUUUAGCUGGACUUUGUGAGACUCUUCCCAUCGGAACUGCUUCAAUGAUGCUUCAAAUGCAAAUUGCUCUAAAUGCACCAGCUCUAGAUUUAGAAGGAACUAGACAAAAAGCUGCAACACUAUUAGAAUGUCAAGGAUUCAAUGUGGAUGGAGUGAAGGUUGUCAGCAAUCAGUGUAAAUAUAGAGGAUUCCAAACAUAUUUGAUCUACCAGAGCGAGGUUCCGAAUCUGUUUGCUAGAAUCGACAGUGAACUGAGUAAAAACCAUCAUUUAAUGGGAUGGGCUAAUCGAUACAAUAGGAAAUACAACAUUUCUCAAAAUUGGUACCAUCGUGAAAUGCUUCCAUUUGUACAGCAACUUGUUGGCCAAUACGAUCGGGUUGAAAGUGAUCUCAGAGCUUCGAUGAAAGAUUUGUACUUUGAGAAUACAAUAGAUGAAUUCAUUUACGAGAAUCUCGGGGAAAUGUCGGAGAAACUUCACGGUUAUUUGGAAGAAAUUCAGCGACUUGACAAACUUCGAGCAUGGCCAAAAAGGCAUUUCCCAAUCAAGAAAUGAUGAUUCCCAUUCCUUUGUUUUUGUGACGAUUUGCAGAUCGGGUUGUUGAAGCUAAAAAUGCCACGGACUUUGUUCGGGUUGCUUUUUGUAAUUGUUUUUUUUCUGUGAAAAUAAAUUAUUCGGAUU